AUGGCCCACAAGUAUUCGACGAUCAUCGACUCUUCCACCUACGACACGCAAGGUCUUUGUCCUGGAAUAGAUCUCAGGAGGCACGUGGCUGGCGACCUCGAAGAAGUCGGUGCGUUUAGGGCUCAGGAAGACUGGCGCCGCUUGGUUGGGCCCCUAGAGAAGCCUUAUGCAGGCCUCUUGGGCCCAGACUUUAGCUUCAUCACUGCCGCGGUGCCCGAAUGUCUCCCAGACAGAAUGGAGAUUACCGCUUAUGCGCUUGAAUUUGGUUUCAUGCAUGACGACGUCAUCGAUAAAGAGAUCCACAACGCAUCUUUGGACGAAAUGGAGCAUGCUUUGGAACAGGGCGGUCAGACCGGCAAGAUCGACGAGAAAGCCGCUUCUGGAAAGCGUAAAAUCGUCGCUCAGAUUCUCCGCGAGAUGAUGGCAAUUGACCCUGAGAGAGCAAUGACUGUCGCCAAGAGCUGGGCUGCUGGCGUCCAACAUUCCAGUAGACGGCAGGACGAAACGCACUUUAAUACUCUUGAGGAGUACAUCCCUUAUAGGGCCCUCGACGUGGGAUACAUGCGCUGGCAUGGUCUUGUCACGUUUGGCUGCGCUAUUACCAUCCCCGAGGAAGAGGCGGAUGAGGCGAGGGAGCUUCUGAAGCCUGCUUUGAUCACUGCCUCUCUCACUAAUGAUCUAUUCUCAUUCGAGAAGGAGCGCGGUGACGCCAAUGUUCAAAACGCCAUCUUGGUUGUCAUGAGGGAGCACGGCUGUAGCGAAGAAGAAGCAAGAGAGAUUUGUAAAGAGCGCAUCCGCGUCGAAUGUGCCAACUAUGUCCGCGUGGUCAAGAACACCAGGGCACGGACGGAUAUCAGUGAUGAACUUAAGAGAUACAUAGAGGUCAUGCAGUACACACUUUCAGGAAACGCUGCCUGGAGUACUAAUUGUCCGAGAUACAACGGACCAACCAAAUUCAAUGAGUUGCAGUUGCUGAGAGCUGAGUAUGGCCUGGAGAAAUACCCGGCAAUGUGGCCACCGAAGGAUGCAACUAACGGCCUUCCUGUCGAAACCGAACGUAAGGAGCCUCUUGUCAACGGUAAUGGGCAUUAUGCAUCAACCAAGGCCAACGGCCUCAAGAGGAAGAGGAACGGUAGCGGUACGGGUGACGACACAAAGAAGAAUGGCACUAAAUGUGUCAAGAAGUCGGCACAGAUAUCGCAACUGAGCACGGAUUCAUUUGCUCUUGCGGAUGUGGUGUCUUUGGCCGUUGAUCUGAAUUUACCAGAGCUGAGCGAUGAUGUUGUUCUCCAACCAUAUCGAUACCUCACCUCCCUUCCUUCUAAGGGUUUCCGUGACCAGGCCAUAGACUCCCUCAACACAUGGCUUAAAGUGCCCCAGAAGUCGGCUAAAAUGAUCAAGAGCAUCGUCAAGAUGCUGCAUAGCGCAUCUCUCAUGCUUGAUGACAUCGAAGACGACUCACCACUUCGUCGUGGUAGGCCCUCUACUCACAACAUCUAUGGCACCGCCCAGACAAUCAACAGCGCGACGUACCAAUAUGUCAAAGCGACAGGUAUGGCUACCGAGCUCGGCAACCCGUCAUGCCUUCGCAUCUUCAUCGAAGAGAUGCAACAGCUGCAUGUGGGGCAGAGCUAUGACCUCUACUGGACGCACAAUACACUAUGCCCGUCCGUAUCAGAGUAUCUGAAAAUGGUUGAUAUGAAGACGGGUGGCCUAUUCCGCAUGCUGACACGAUUGAUGGUCGCCGAAAGCCCGGUCGGCGAGAAGGUGUCAGACGACGCUCUGAACCUGUUGAGUUGCCUCGUGGGGCGCUUCUUCCAGAUCCGCGACGACUACCAGAACCUCGCUUCCGCCGACUACGCUAAGCAGAAGGGCUUUGCCGAGGACCUCGAUGAAGGGAAGCUCUCCUUCACGCUGAUCCACUGCAUCUGA